GUUUAGAGGACGGGGAGAAAACACGGAAGCGGGUCGUGUGCUGUUUCAUAUACAGUCUUUGUGUUUUUUCUUUGGUGAUUAGGUGUAAAACGCGAAAAUGGCGCUGUCUUAGUUACAAAACUUGUACUCUUGUGUUUUGAGAGAGGAGAUAAUUUCAGGAACCCAUCAUGUGUAGGUUUAUGUGAGAAUCUGUGUCGGUUUAUAUCGCUGUUUAGCUGUUGAGCGACCGUGGGCCUCAGCGAUUCCUGUAAAACUUCAUAAUCUUCCGCUAUGACUGUCUCGGUUUCUGAGUAAACACGAUCUUUGACUCAUACAGUAUUCUAGGAGAGUCAUCUCCCAGUUAAGCUCCACCAUAUUGUGCUGUUCAGUUGUGAGAUUCAGCUAGUGGAUGAUGUACACCCCCGCGGGAAACGCUGUUCCUGGAGCCCGCAGGAGACGAGGUGGGCCUGCCAUUCCCAAGCAGCCUGAACGCAGUCUAGCAUCUGCAUUCCCUGGAGCACUCUCCAUCACAGCCCUGUGCACAGCCCUGGCUGAACCGGCGUGGCUGCGUGUGCAUGGAGGAACCUGUCCCAGACAGGAACUUGGUGUGGCCGACGUGCUGGGAUACAUAGAUGAGAAACUCAUUGAAGACUACUGUAUUAAUUCCCAGACGAUCCUGCUGUUGCGAGUCAUUGCGGCCUUCUGUUUCUUGGGCAUCUUGUGUAGUCUGACAGCUUUUCUCCUGGAUGUCUUUGGGCCUAAACACCCUGCUCUGAAAAUAACACGCCGAUAUGCCUUCGCUCACAUUUUUACAGUGCUCCAGUGUGCCACUGUGAUUGGCUUCUGCUAUUGGGCUUCAGAGCUCAUCCUUACCCUUCAGCAGCAACACAAGAAGUACCACGGCUCGCUCAUCUACGUCACCUUUGCCAUCAGCUUUUACUUGGUGGCUGGGGCUGGAGGAGCUUCCAUUUUAGCUACGGCUGCUAACUUGCUCCGCCAUUACCCCACUGAGGAAGAGGAGCAGGCUCUAGAACUGCUUUCCGAGAUGGAAGACAGCAGUGAGACUUAUCCAGCUGACUACGAUAUUGCCAACCAGUUCCAACCACCACCUGCUUACACACCCUGAUGAAAAAGCAUUCUUAAGUCUUUUGUGUUGUCCAGCCCUCCAACCCCCCCAUGCUUAAGGUACCUUUUGCAGCCUCUCAACAAAUCAUGGACCGAGCAACAUGCAAAGUCCUUCUGCCAUACAAAUCAUCUGCAUGCCUAAUAAUUUACAAUACUGUGUUGCCAAUUUGCCCUUGUCAUCUCAGCCACAUAUUUAAUGCUGUCAGUUGUGGUAUUUCAUUAUGGCAGUCCUUUUGGAAUGGCUGAUAAUCACUGGGAAACGUUCAUCCUUCGCUACCAUAGUUUGCAUGUAGGUGCCUGUAAAGGCUUGAGAUCCAAACAGAACUCCGAUGUUUGGUUAAAAGUGGCAUGCUUUACUAUGUACUAAGACUGAGACUAGUCAUAUAGUAAUCCAAUUGCUUGUCAGGCUCAUUCAAUCAGGUUUUGAGAGAAUGUUUUGUUUCCCCUACAUUUUUCUUCUACGACAUGUCAGUCUUUGUACAUUCCACAUGUAAAAAAAAAAAAGUUCUACAUUGUAGUUACCUUGAAACGUUAACAUUUUUUUUUCACUGUUAACAUAUUUUCAGCGGGGGUGGUUGAUUUUGUUUUUCGAAACACUGAAACUUAAGUGAAAUCUGCACUUCAGUGAUGCCCAGUACAUUUUAUAUUUAUGUACUUCAUGUAUGAUAAUAUUGUAAAAUAAUGAUUUUGCUGUUCAACACAACUGACCUUCAUGCCAGAGUUCGACUCUGUAGAUACAUUUUAAACUCAGUCCAAUUUUAACUUUGCAAAACUGCGUGUGGCAGAAACCUUAUUUUCUCCAAAGUCUUGUGGAAGAAUUAUUAUUAUUAUUAUUAUUAUUAUUUUUAAUUUGUCCGUAGAUGGUUAGUUAUUUGAUGUGUGGCUUUAAAAAAAAAUGCACAUAUUCCCCACUGCUUGACAGACUAUUUAUUUUAUCGUGUAUAUUGUUAUUCAUUACACAUGGUAAACAUCUAUUUAGAUCUCUAUGGCAUUUCAAUUUUUAUCAGGCUCAUUGGCUGUGAUUUUGAAGUGUUCCAUUUUGCCAACUGUGUUCUGUUUGUUUAUAGUUUUAAUCCCAUACCCAUCUGUGUUUUUUGCAGUAUGCUUUGCUAGUUUAUAUAAUUGAGGAUGACCCAGUCCACAGUAAUACUCCAAAAUUCAUCUAGGAAAAUCACAAGUCUUGUGUGUGUUCAUAUGAUCACAGUUCAUUUAAAUUGUUUAUAGUCUAGUUCUGUAAUUUUGAUAUUUCACAGCAUGCCCUGACUAUGUAACGUGUGUGUGUGUACGCAAUGAUCUUUCGAGAUCUGACCGUAAACAUGUACUAUUGAAUUUUACAACCUUUGUUUUCGCUUUUAUAUUGGGGUGGAUUGUGACAGUUCUGCUAUGUUUCUCCUUCUGUAUUCAUUCAUGCACCUUUUGUCAUGGAAAAUAAAGGUUCACGGACA